UCUGUCUUCAGUCUCCUAAGUUAGACUGUGUGUGACAGGGAUAAGGGGAUGAGCUUUGAUUCUGUAAAAUUCUGUGCCAGGAUUUCUGAGCAUGAUUUCUGAUAUAGACAGAGAGAGCAAGAGAGAGAGAGUGAAAGAAGAGUAUAUGCUAUGAUGGAUUUAGGACCCUGAGUUAGGCUUCUCUGUUUCAUCAUCUGUGUGUGUGUGUGUGUGUGUGUGUGUGUGUGUGUGUGUGUGUGUGUGUGUGUGUGUGUGUGUGUACCUGGAGAUCACAGGGAUCAUGAGUUCAAAGGGGGCAAACCUGCACAACAAGCAUCAGCCAUCUGAAACAGAGCACGCUCUGAGGCUUCCGGACAUGGACGCGGCCCAGCAGCUGAGGCGCAGAGAAAGACAGCGCUUUUUUGAGGAGGCCUUCCAGCAUGACGUGGACGUCUAUUUCUCCUCGGCACACUUGCAGAUAGACUACAAGAGGGCUCCCAUGAGCAGCAUUUCAUCUAUGGAAGUCAAUGUGGACAUGCUGGAGCAAAUAGACCUUUUGGACAUCUCAGAUCAGGAGGCCCUGGAUGUUUUUCUUGCCUCGACUGAGGAGGAUGCAGCGUGUUCUUGUCCACUAGAAGGUCUCGGUUGCAAUAGCGAAAUUGAUGCUGCACUGAGGGAAGAAAUCUCCAUGAGAGCUUCAGACACUGGUGAGCUCAAAUCACGGAUAUCCUCCACUUCCUCCACCGCCACCUCUGACAGCCAAGGGGAGGAUGGAGCAGAAACCCCUGUGGUCCGGUCAGAUGAUGAAGAUGCUCACAAUGAGGAUGAUGAUGAUGAUGAUGAUGAAGAGCUUUUGAGAAAUGAGACACCUCCAGCCAACAGAGUGGGAGAAGUAUCUGAGCUGUCAUUAUGAGUAACAUCAUUACUUACUACUACUGAACCCCAGUGUUUGUGUGCUGUUAAAGACUUUCUCUGGUAGGUCACCUGGUUCUAGCCUGGUUCCACGUACCAUAAACUUAAAACGGAUCCUAGUGUGCACGUAUUUCUUUGUCUGCUUUGAAAAUCUCGGUUCACCUGAACUGCUGCUGUAGACAAAAGCGCUUGCUUGUGUAUAUGUCGUGCUUCAUCUUGUAUUGCUUUUUAAUAGCUGUAUGAUGGGAGAGUAGCAAAAUCUUUAAAGAAAAAAUUACCAUUAAUGAUGCAGAUAUUAAAAUGUACCGUUUCAAUAUGUAAGAGAAAGCUUAGUUCCACACAAAAUGUGCAUUACUACACUGUGCAUUACUGUCUGUCUUACUCUUCAUGCCUCAACAGUACUUUAUUAUUGUUAUUAUUAUUUUUAAUAUCAAAAUAAAGGCAAAUGAAACUUU